AUGCCAGUGGCUAAACGCGGCCUCGUCGCACCACAGAAUACUUUCCUUGAAAACGUUAUUAGACGUUGUAAUAAUGCAGAUACAUCUUUCAUACUUGCCAAUGCUCAAGUCGUCGAUUAUCCAAUCGUGUAUUGUAACGAUGGAUUCUCUAAGCUUGUGGGGUAUUCUAGGGCUGAGAUAAUGCAAAAACCUUGCUCAUUAGCAUUUUUACAUGGAGAUCAUGGUGAGCCAGGUAGUUUAGCUCGUAUGCAAGAUGCUCUGGACAACAGUCGGACCGAUCAGGCUGAGAUAGGCUUAUGCAAGAAGAACAAAACUCCAAUAUGGCUUCUUGUUCAUUUAGCUCCAAUCAAGAAUGACAAAGACAAUGUAGUUUUAUAUUUAUGUCAAUUCAAAGACAUUACUCCCCUUAAACAGCCAUUGGAUGAUGAAAAUAAUAAAGGACUGUCUCGAAUUCUUCAAAUUGCACGAAUCGCCAAAUCAAAGCAACAGUUCAAUCAGAUAGAGACAAAGGAUCUUCAUAAGUCAUCAGCUCCAGCUUCUUCAAACUUCAAUCAGGUAAUGAACCUUGGUGGAGAUAUGUUACCACAAUAUCGGCAAGAGACACCUAAAACAUCACCUCAUAUCAUUCUUCAUUACUCCACAUUCAAAACAAUAUGGGAUUGGUCUAUAUUGGCACUUACCUUCUACACAGCUUUCAUGGUUCCUUUCAAUAUUGCCUUCAAAAAUAGCCUUAAACCGUUCUUUAUGCAUCCAUUCAGGGAUAUUCCGGGUUCGGGAAUCGAUUCAGUUGCACUUAUGGAUUCCAUUGUUGAUGUGAUAUUUUUCGCUGAUAUUUUACUAAAUUUUCAUACAACUUUUGUUGGUCCCGGAGGAGAAGUUGUUAUUGAACCAUCUGUUAUAAGACAUAAUUACUUUAAAUCUUGGUUUUUAAUAGAUUUAUUAUCGUGUCUCCCAUAUGAUAUAUUCUAUAUGUUUAAGCGAGACGACGAGAGAAUAGGAAGCCUUUUUUCUGCCUUGAAAGUUGUUCGACUUCUCCGAUUAGGAAGAGUCGCCAGAAAGUUGGAUAAUUAUCUUGAAUAUGGAGCUGCAACUUUGCUCCUUCUGUUAUGUGCAUAUGUCUUGGUAGCACACUGGUUGGCUUGUAUAUGGUUCAGUAUAGGAGAAUAUGAAGUUAGAUUGAAGAUGGACAAUCCAUUGGUCGCCGACGGAUGGUUAUUCAAGUUAGCUAAUGAUUUGAAGUCUCCGUAUAACUUAACAGCUUCAAAUAAAACGAGAUUAGUUGGUGGACCAACAAGAACCAGCUCUUACAUUUCAUCCUUAUACUUCACUAUGAGUUGCAUGUCCACUGUUGGUUUCGGAAACAUUGCCAGCAACACCGACAAUGAAAAAGUGUUCGGAGUAUGCAUGAUGAUAAUAUCAGCUUUACUAUACGCUGCCAUAUUCGGUCAUAUGACAACAAUUAUUCAGCAAAUGACUUCAGCAACCGUUAGAUACCAUGAUAUGAUAAGUAAUGUGAGAGAAUUUAUAAAGUUACAAGAGGUUCCGAAAGAGCUGGCUGAGAGGGUUAUGGAUUAUGUUGUUUCAACAUGGGCCAUGACAAAAGGAAUCGAUACAUCAAAGGUUCUUGGAUAUUGCCCGAAAGAUAUGAAAGCUGAUAUUUGCGUACAUUUGAAUCGGAAAGUCUUCAACGAGCACUCCUGUUUCCGUUUAGCUUCUGAUGGCUGUUUGCGAUCUUUAGCCAUGUAUUUAGAGUCAAACCAUGCAGCGCCUGGUGAUCUACUCUACCAUACAGGAGAGUCAGUAGAUGCGCUGUGGUUUGUUGUGAGUGGAUCAUUAGAAGUUAUUCAAGAUGAAGAAGUUGUAGCAAUAUUAGGCAAAGGUGACGUUUUUGGUGAUGAAUUUUGGAAGAACAAUGGAUCAACGGGACAGUCAGCAGCUAAUGUCCGUGCUCUAACGUAUACUGAUUUACAUAUGAUAAAGAAAGAUAAUCUGAUGGAGGUUCUCAACUUCUAUAAAGCUUUUGCCAAUUCAUUCGCCAGAAAUUUAGUUUUAACCUAUAAUUUAACACAUCGCUUGAAGUUUAGAAAGGUAGUUGAUGUGAAAAGAGAGAAGGAAUUGGCAGCAAAACGAAAAAAUGAGAAGCUUGAACUUGCACCUGAUCAUCCUGUGCGGAAACUUCUCUUCCGUAUGCGUGAGCGACACGGGCCACGUAUUUUCCCAAGCCCAAUGUUUGCGGAUAUUGAAAAGGGUCUUCGUAAAAAUACUGAUAGUAUGCAAAGAAUGCCUUCCUUACACUCAAUGGUGGAUGAAACAACCGGUGGACUAUCCGCUAGCUAUCCUUCUCGAUCACCUCGAAUUGGAGCAAAAUCAGCAGGAAAACGACCACCUCUCUUGAAACGUCAAACUGUCGAUGAGGAUGCUCUUUCUCGCACAAGCUGGAGUAAUGAUAUGAAAGGAGCCAAAGAAUGGAGCUCACUCUCAAAUGUUCGAAGCGAAAUGAGAACUAAAUUCGAUUUAAUUGGAGAACGUUUGACAACAGUUGAUAGUAUAAAUAAUCGUUUACAAAACCUUGAACGAUUAAUUCUAACUAUGGUACAAAAUGAUCGAGGUGGACAUACACCAUCGACUAUUCCAAUGGGUUCAACGAUGCAGCUUAAUGAAAGUGGAAUGUCUCAUUUGGAAUGUCCUAGUAACGUUGUUUCUCGAAGUGUUUCAUGGAGCGAGAACCAAGAAGGAUGGCAAAAAGCUACAUCUGCUCCAGUUCCUCCCUUGCAAGGUCUUCGAAACGCUAAUUGGGACGAUCAAGACACUUCUCCUCCAAACGUUCCUGCCAUAACCAUAGAAGAUAAUGGAACUUCUCGUGGUGAGCCACCAUCCAGAACACGAAUUUAA